CACACCAAACGUAUAUUGUCUAUACUCACAACAAAGGCAAGCAAAAGAGAAAGAAAAACCGAUUGAAGAAUGAUUAUACAUUUUCUGUUUCGGAUUAUUUUGCUAUCAUGGUCGAUGAUGGCAUUGGCACAAGCACAAUCAUCAGGAAACUGUUCUUCACAAUGCGGAGUAGUGGACAUUCAAUAUCCAUUUGGGAUCGAACCCGGUUGCUCUGUCGACAACUGGUUCGCCGUAGAUUGCAACUCGAGCAAACCAUUUUUGAGGAGUAUCAAUUUGGAAUUGCUUGAAAUUUCAAUACUAACAAACACCAUGAGAGUCAAUCAUCCGAUAUACAAUUCUUGCCAGAAUGAAUCAACUAGUCAAUUUGUUAACUUGGACACAACCCCUUUUGAAUUCUCCUCCGGUUCUUCGAACAGAUUCACCGGCGUAAGUUGCAGCAAGCUUGCCUCCAUUUCCACCAACAAUUCGUUUAUUUCAGGAUGCUUCUCCAUGUGUAAUGAAAAUGCCACAAAUUUAGGGGUAAAUAGUAGUUGCCAAUCCGGCAUCAACUGUUGCCAGACCACAAUUAGUUCUCCUCUCAAGAACUUUAAUGUAUCCGUCGAGGCUCCUCAAAGCAGCAUCAUCAGUAAUGGAGGAAGACAACAGGAUUGCAAUUAUGCCUUUUUGGUGGAUCAAAAUUGGUUUGGAAACAACUUAACCAAUCUUCAAGAUCUUCAGAGAAUGACGCACGUUCCGGUCAGACUCAAUUGGGGAAUAGACAGUUCUUCAUUCAAUCGGUCAGCUGCUUUGAAUAAUUCAACAAGCUUUACAUCAACCUCUAGUUGUACUUCUGGGAGUAGCAUUGUUCAAUGUAAAUGCUUCGAACAUUACCAAGGAAAUCCCUAUCUUCUUAGAGGAUGUCAAGAUAUUGAUGAAUGUAACUUAGGCUAUUGCCCACCAUUUAUGAUUUGCGAAAAUUAUAUAGGAGGCUACAGUUGCUACCCAAAGAAAGAGUCAAAGGUUUUCGUGAUCGUUUUUGGUACAGGCAGAGGCCUUGUAGGUUUGAUUUUACUUAUUGUUGGAAUAUGGUGGUUGCUCAAUAUAAUAAAGAGAAAAAAGGAGAUCAAGCUCAAGGAGAAGUACUUCGAACACAAUGGUGGUUUACUUCUACAACAACAGUUAAUUUCUUCUGAUGGCAGUGUGGAUAGAAACAAACUGUUCAAUUCAAAAGAUUUAGAAAAGGCCACCGAUCAUUUUAACGUGAAUCGAAUACUUGGUGAAGGUGGUCAAGGUACUGUUUACAAGGGAAUGUUGACAGAUGGAAGAAUUGUUGCAGUAAAAAAAUCAAAAAUAGUUGAUGAAGUUGGUAAGGUUGAUGAGUUUAUCAACGAGGUUGCCAUUCUUUCACAAAUCAAUCAUAGGAAUAUAGUUAAGCUUUUGGGUUGUUGUUUGGAAACUGAGGUCCCUUUACUAGUUUAUGAAUUCAUCCCCAAUGGAACCCUUUUCCAUUAUCUUCAUGGUCAAAUUGAAGAGCUUUCACUCACAUAGGAUAUGCGUUUGAGGAUAGCGGGAGAAGUUGCAGAAGCACUUUGUUACUUGCACUUGUCAGCUUCCAUGCCAAUCUAUCACCGCGAUAUCAAGUCUACCAAUAUACUCUUAGACGAGAAGUAUAGAGCAAAAGUAGCAGAUUUUGGGACUUCAAGAUCAAUUGCCAUAGAUCAAACUCAUGUCACCACAAAAGUACUUGGGACUUUUGGAUAUUUGGAUCCAGAGUACUUUCGUUCAGGCCAAUUCACCGACAAAAGUGAUGUCUAUAGUUAUGGAGUAGUUCUUGUUGAACUUUUGACGGGGGAAAAGCCAAUAUCUUCUACAAGGUCACAAGAAUUCAAAGGUUUGGUAGCAUAUUUCAUUAAUUGUAUGGAGCAGAAUCAACUUUACGAUAUUCUUGAUGCUCAAGUACUAAAGCUAGGCAAGAAAGAGGAGGUAAUGGCUGUGGCUAAUCUUGCGAAAAGGUGCUUAAAUAUGAAUGCGAAGAAAAGGCCCACAAUGAAAGAAGUUACAAUGGAGUUGGAAGGAAUUCGAUCUUCAAUAAAAGAAGGUCAUAUUCAGUUGAAUUAUCAAGAGGAUGAGUAUGAGAGAACGGAAGUACUUGAGGCUUGGGAUGUUGAUUCUACUUCUACUGGUACUACUUUUGACCAUAUAAGUCUAUCGAUAGACGUCCAACCGCUAUUAACCAAGCGUAUAUCCCGAAAAAAUAUACAGUUGUAGUGCCUAUUUGCUUCAUAUUUUAGAUUAAUAUUCAUGUUUUUUCAGAAAAUUAUUUUCAUUUAUCACAUAGGACUUGAGAUUUUUCUUAUACUCGCUCUAGAAC